CGAGUGACAUAUUUUAAUCAGAAAAGCAAAGUCCAUUAUAAAUAGGACAAUGAUAUUUUGCGAGCGUGACUCAAUAAUUUGCGAGCACCACCACUACACAAUCAUAUAAUGGCGGAAUCUGCAUCCACCACCAUUACCACCGCUCUCAGGUUAAAGAACAAAAUAGCAAUAGUCACCGGAGGCGCCAGCGGCAUCGGCGAAGCCACGGCGAGGCUAUUCGCGGAGGAAGGGGCCCGAAUGGUGGUCAUCGCUGACAUCCAAGACGAGCUGGGCAAAGAAGUGGCGGCGUCCAUUGGCGGGGACAGGUGCAGCUACUUCCACUGCGAUGUGGCGGAGGAAGUUGAAGUCCAAGGACUGGUACAGUCAACGGUCAAAGCGUACGGUCAACUGGACAUAAUGUUCAGCAACGCCGGGAUCAUUAGUCCCUCCAAACAGACGGUGGCGGAGCUCCACAUGUCCGAACUCGACAGGCUGUUCACGGUGAACGUGCGCGGAAUGGCGGCGUGCGUGAAGCACGCGGCGCGUGCGAUGGUGGAGGGGCGCGUGAGGGGAAGCAUAGUGUGCACGGGGAGCGUGUGUGGCAGCCACGGUGCUCUAAAGGGGACUGACUACAUCAUGUCGAAGCAUGCAGUGUUGGGGUUGAUGCGUUCGGCGAGCAUGCAGCUUGCGGAGCACGGGAUAAGGGUGAACUGCGUCUCACCCAAUGGGUUGGCAACGCCGUUGACCUGUAAACUGCGAGGGAUGAGCGAGGAGGAGACGCGAGAAGCUUACCGGAAAUACGCGAGACUGCAGGGAGUGGUGCUGACGCCCAAACAGGUGGCGCAGGCGGUGCUUUUUCUGGCCUCUGAUGACUCCUCCGCCUUUGUCACCGGCCUUGAUCUUAGGGUUGACGGCGGCUUUUCUCACGGCCACUGAUUAUUCCACAUAUUUUUCAAGCCUUCUAAAGCACUACUGUUACAACUAUGGUGAUAGUGUCUAUGUAUUCUAUACAUGAACAAAAGCAAAUUGGAAAGAUACACAACACAACGGCCCGAAGCACUUGUAACUUCAGUUUUCAGUAACAACAAAAGACCAAAUACAAACAUUUUAUGCAAAUCCUUGAUCAAGGAAAAGAUUAUAAAUAUAUCAACGGAUAAUGAUACAAUGCCUCAAUUAUUUGACCCCAAUCUUACCUGCCUACGUGACAUCCAUUAUUUUAAUAUUUUUAAAUGAAAGAGGAGCAUUGACGCGUGAGAGAAGCUCGAGUGAAUGUUGAGGUUGUGAUACACGCGCAUGUGAGGAAAAGUAAGAAAAAAAGACUGAACGUUGCGGUUUAAACUAAAGGCGAGAGUGCGGUUUAGGGAAAAGCGACAAUGCUCUUUUGGGAAAGAAUAACAGAGGUGGAUCGUUGUCAUAGUUUCGUGGACAAUUGGAAGCCCUAAUUUUGGUGUUCUUCUUCUGCAAAAUAUAUUUCUUUUUGCAGGUUGUAAGUUUAAUGGAUAUAACAUUUUUUGGUGGAUAAGACACUCUCCACAUUGAAGUCCGAUGACAUUGAAAAACACAUUCUAAGCUUUGUGGUUGUUGUUUGUCAAUGACAUUUGAUGUUUUUUGCAAUGAACAAAAAACCAGAAUUAUGUAUU